AUGCACUAUACAAUCUUUUCACUUCGUUUUGUGAAGCCAUUACCGGUGAACGAAGACUAUCUUUGCUUGAGCUAUAACCAGUACAGAGUUCGAAUGAGCCAAGUACCUCUUCCGGUCCGUUUUGACACAAAUAAAGAUAAGAUAACUGCCAAUCUCGAGAGUUUAAGAUUAGACAUAACUCAAGAGACUGGUAGUGAUAGAACGGUCGAGACUUCAGAAUCUGAUCCUACCGCUAUGGAGGUCGAUGAUGAUAGUCAAGAUCCAAAGAACGAAGCUACUCCUGUUAAACCAAGAGUAACUUCUAAAUACGCCCCUGUCCCUGAGGAAAGUGUUGUAGGUAGCACCACCUCUUCGGAUAAUAAGGUUAAUGAUCGACUUGAUGAUCUUACUGUUGCGCAAGCUCGGUAUAAGAAAAUCAGUAAGUUGUUAUCCGAGAUGACUAAUGAGCACAUUGAAUUGGCCAUUAUUCGAGAUUUGCCCGAUGAUCAUGAAGAUAUCAUCAAGAUUAAGAAUAAGAUUACAAUUCUUAGCACCCACUUAGAAAAACAAGAAAAGAUAGUGGCUGCACUCCAAAAUUUUGUCGACGCAAAUAAGAAAAAUUUCGUCAACAAUAAUCAACAUGGUGACAUUAGAGCUAUGAUUCCCUCUGACGAUGUUCCUGCAUUUGACGUGGAUCCAAGCAAGAGUAUGUUGCAAGCAAGAUCUGAUGAUAAUGAUAAGACGAUUACACUUUCGGAGUUUAUCAUUAAAUUCAAUAGAAUGUUUGUUGAUUAUGGAGUAGACAUUGACGAACAUUGGUUGUUCUACCUCGGUAAAUCUUUUGCCAAGAACACCAAGUUCUACCCAUGGUUUGAAACAAACCUUAACUCUGCCAAGAGCGACAUUAAAAGUUGGAAACAAGCGGUAGCAGUUUUGGAAAAUCGUUUUGACCUUGGAAAACAAGCUAGCGUACACCAGUUGGCUCAGAACCUUAUCAAGUUUAAACUUGAUAAUAAUGAAUCCUUUAUUUUGGGUAUGGAAAGAUUCAAGCAAUUGAUGGUAGAGUCGAAUAUUGUUGAAAAUAUUGAACUGGCAAUAAUCUAUCAAUUCUUAAAUGCUUUGCCAACAAGAGUACAAGAUGAAGUACACAAGAUAUUUAAAAAGAAAUCAUCAACAUCCAAGAGUAGUGACAUGGAAUCCUUGAAUUUGAAGAAAAUUCACCAUUUGCCUUUUGUUUGGGAUGAAUUCCAAAGAUCCGUCGGUACACAUAUUGCUGAUAUAGAAACUGUAUUAGACAGCUGCAAUGAAGACGAAAAGAUGAAUGCAGUAGAAGAUAACGGUGCGAAGAAAAGAAAGUUUGAAGACGAUCCUUCUUCUUCCGCCACAGAAUACAGAAGCAAGUUGAAGAAUAGUGGAAAGUGUACUUUCUGUGAAGAGAAGUGGACUUACAACCACAGAUACAACUGUAAGAAAAGAAUUGAAUUCUUUAGAUCCAAGGAUGCUUCCUUACAAGACAAUGUAAGUAACAACCUAGAUGUACAAAAUAAAUUGGUUGCAGUGAUUGGUACAGAGAUCUUACCAGACCCUCAAAAAGUCUUGAUCGUGGAAAAUCCUGCUGCUGAUAAAGAAGUUGUUAAAGAAUCAUCGAGUUAUACUAAUAAUCAUGAUUUUAGUAACGCUGUACAAGACACAGAAGAUUUACACGUUAAUUUUGUUAAUUUAUCAUCUUAUCAGAUUUAG